UGUCAACUCUUGUUUUCAUCUAAAUACCACCGAUCAACUUCUCUUUCUCCCUCUCUCGGUUUCACGUUAGCAAAGAUGGCAGAGAAAGAGUUUGCCCAAGAAGCAGAUGUAAAGAUCAGAGCUGCUGCUGCGGCUUCGGAUCUUGAACAGAUGGCUGCAGAGUCCUCCGUGGUUCCAGAUUUCGAGAGAGGGAGGUUCUACGACGUGUAUUCAGCCAGGAGGAACGAGAGGUUGAAGAGGAAGAACGGAGGAGAAGAAGAAGAUGCUGAAGUCAAAGGAACUCUGUACAAUCUCGGAGUGGAUCCUAUGCCGACCAAGAGAAGAGGAACCUUUAAGAAGAAGAAGACGGUGGUUGAGACAUCAACAACAACGCCGAGGUAUUCUCUGAGGAGCACAGUGAACAAAGAUAACAAGAAGCCUCUGAGUGUCGCUGUAAGUACUAUGAAAACUGUCAAGAGCACCAGGAGGGUUAUGAGUAUCUGAUGAUCCUGCUCUGCUUCUAUCUACUCUUUUUUUUUUGCUUUUUUUUUGCUUUGCUUUUGGUGAUUCUGUCAGGAAAUUGAAGUUUGGGGUUUUGAUUUCCUUCUAUCUACUCUUUGCAGUAUUGUUCUGCUUGUCGGGAUGUCGACAUAAAUAAACCCAUGAAACUUUGUUUGUUUUGUUUUUCUUGAAUUACUCAUACAUUCAGAUAUGCUUUAUCUGUGAACUAAUGCGUAAAAAUGACGUUUUGUGACA